AUGAAUGUAUUAGAUGUGGGAAAGUAUAAAGGGAAAACGUUUGAGUAUAUAGAAAGGAACGAUCCUGGAUAUUCAAAAUGGGUUCUUAGUUUAGAAUCUCCAACAAAUAGAACAUUAGAAGCAUUUUCAAAGUAUUUGAGAAACAAGUCACCAAACGGGAAUAUAAAAAAUGAUUUAGGGGGGUUCUCUGCUAAGCAUAAUUCUGGAGAAUACACUAUAAUUAAUAAAUCAAAGACAGGGAAUAGCUAUUCCUAUUUGGAGUUAAGCAAAGAAGGGGUGCCAAACCUAGUUAUUGAUUGUAAAAGUGAAAAUGGUAAUUUCAAGAACCAGAGCAUAUCAGGAGAAUGUGUAGCAGUGGUAAAGAAUUUGAAGAUGGAUAUGAUCAAAAACAAGGAAUUAAAAGCUGGAGAUAUUGAGGAAAGCUUGGAAGCAAUUUAUUCGAAAUCUGAUGUAAUACAAAAUAAUAAUAAUAAUGAAUUAAAUAGUAUUUUAUUGGAUAACCAAGAUGAUUUGGAAGAUAUUUUACAAAAAUGUGAUAAAGAACUUGAAAUUCUAGUUCAAAAUACUACAGUUAUAGCAAAUGGAUUGAAUACUAUUUUGUCUUGUGCAAAAAUGAGAUUAGACUGUGGUGUUGUAUUUUCAUUAGUUAGCCCUACUAUGUUUAGAAUAUCAUCAGAAAAGAAUAAUAAAUCCCAGCUUUCUCUUCCAAAGAUGCUUGGAGAUUACUUGAAAGAAUAUAAGUUAAGAGAGAAUAUUGUAUCAAAAAAGAUGAGGACAUUACAUACUGGAAUGCAGGGAAUAGAUUUAAAACCAUAUAGUAGUUCAUUUAUAUUUCCAGGUAUAUAUUAUGAUAAAUUGAUCAAAAGCAUUUCAGAUAGAUUUGAAUGCCAGAUAAUUCCGAUACCUGAAUUUAUUUUAGAUAGAUUUCCAGAUUUCAAAAAAUAUGAGAUUGAAGAUUUUGAUGCUGAUUUUGAGAAAAUAUCUAAUUUAACUCCUAAAUACAAUCCAGAAACAGUAGAUUUACCAGAUUGUAAUUUAUGUAAAGGAUGUAUUUACGAUAAUGUAUGUUAUAAUUCAUUAAAUCAUUUGAAAUGUAAUUAUCCAGAAUUAUUCAAUUCAUUGAGACCAUUUCAGAAAGUGGGAAUUUUAGUGGGUUUGAAGAAACAUGGAAGAAUACUAAUAGGAGAUGAAAUGGGUUUAGGAAAAACUCUACAAGCUUUGUCUAUAAUAACAUACUUUAGACAGGAGUGGCCUGUAUUAGUAAUUUGUCCUUCUUCAAUUAGAUUUCAAUGGUAUCAACAAGCUUUAGAUUGGUUAUCACCAGAAAUAAAUAAGUCAAAUAUAACAUUAAUUCGUACAAGUAAUGAUACAUAUAGUAGAAAAUCAAAUAUAAUAAUAAUUUCUUAUGACUUAAUAACUCGGAAUGAACACUUUAGAUCAUUUUUUGGUAGUGAUUUCCAAAUAGUAAUUGCGGAUGAAUCUCAUUUUCUCAAGAAUUCCACAGCAAAAAGAACUCAAAUGAUUGUUCCUUUACUUCAUAAAGCAAGAAGAACUAUUCUUCUGAGUGGAACUCCUGCAUUAAAUAAUCCAACAGAACUUUAUGAACAAAUAAAUGCAAUAGUAAAACCAAAUCCUCAAUUUUACUCAAAUAAAAGAACAGAAAAAAAGAACAAAACAAAAAGUACUAAGGAUGAGUUAGAUACUAAAAAGAAAAAAAAGUCCAGAAUAAAAAAACUAAGUUUAGACUCAAAUUCAGAAAUGGAUUCAGAAAAUUCGGAUGAUAUCAGUCUAUUUAAAGCUUUUAAUGGAAAAAGAAUGAUAAAAAACAAUCAAGAUAUUCAAAGACAGGCGAAUGUGGUUUCUCCAAAAUUUCCAAGUUAUUUAGACUUUGCUCAAAGAUAUAGUGAUAUUAGAACAAACAAAUUUAGUCACAGAAAGGAAUUCUAUGGUAGUAGAAAUACAGAGGAAUUACAUUUAUUUAUAAGAGAAUCAGUAAUGAUAAGGCGUUUAAAAAAACAAGUUUUACAUGAACUUCCUCCUAAACAAAGGAGCAAGAUUCCAUUGGAAAUUAGAGAUAAAGCAGGAAUUAAAAAAAUUCAAGAACUUCUUGCAGAUCCCAAUUGUCAAAUGGACUGUUCCAGUUUUGAUGAAAAUGAUUCUUCUAUGUGUAAUCUUCAUAAACUUACUUGCGAAAUUAAAAUUAACCCUGUUCAAGAAUAUAUUGAAUAUUUACUGGAAUAUAACGAUGAUAAAUACGUAAUAUUUGGUCAUCAUCACGUAAUGCUGGAUGCUAUUGAAUCAGUACUUUUGAAAAAAAGAAAAACUGGGGCAUGCAAUUCAGGCGGGCCAUUUUUAUUUAUUAGAAUAGAUGGUAAGACCCCAGGUAAUAAGAGAGAAGAUUAUGUAAGGGAAUUUCAAAAUAAUGAGAAUUGUAAAGUUGCUUUGCUUUCUAUUACAGCUUGUGGUCAAGGUUUAAAUUUAACAAGUGCAGGCACUGUAAUAUUUGCUGAAUUAUAUUGGGUACCAGGCACAAUGUUACAAGCUGAAGAUAGAUGUCACAGGAUGGGUACACAAUAUUCGUGUAUUAAUAUUCACUAUCUCAUAGCUGAAGAGACUUUGGAUGACAAGAUGUGGGGAACAUUAUGUAGAAAACAGAAGAUUAUGGCAUCAACACUAGAUGGAAUAGAUCAAAGAAAGAAUGAUAUUCAACAUUUUCAUUUUAAGCAAGGACUUAAAUAA